UGAACGAAGGCGUGCAGGCCCUCUCCAACAGCGAGGAGGAGAAAAAGGGCGUGGCUGCAGCCCUCCUGGCACCGCUCCUGCCCGACGUGGUGAAGGAGGAAGAGGAGCGCUGGAGGAGAAAGGUGAUCUGUAAAGAGGAAGUCGAGCCGCCCCCCGAAGAGGAGAUGAAAGGAGAAGAGGCGGCGGCUGCUCCCGAAGAGGCGGAAGCUGGCAGGGAUCUGCAGGAGGAGCUGUGCAGCGUGGUGCAGUCGGGGGAGAGCGCUGAGGAAGAGGAGGAGCAGGACACCCUGGAACUGGAGAUGGUGCUGGAGAGAAAAAAGGCGGAGCUGCGUGCCUUGGAGGAAGGCGACGGCAGCGUUUCGGGCUCCAGCCCACUCUCUGAUGGGAGCCAGUCGGCCUCGCAGGAUGCAGCCCACAGGCUGGCCUCUAAACGAGGGAAAUGGAAACUGUUUGUCGGAGCUGCCAGCCCUGAAUCUGCGAGUCGAGGCUCCAGCAAAACGGGCCGGGAGAGCCCGGAAGCGGGAGAAGCAGCAGCGAGCACAGAAGCAACUGAAGCAAAUUCAGACAAAGAGGCAGAGUCUGAGGAGCCCCAAGAGAAAGCAAAAGCACAAGGGGCACCAAAAAUAGAGGAGGAGGAGCAGGACCUAAAGUUUCAGAUCGGAGAGCUGGCAAAUACUCUGACUAAUAAACUGGAGUUCCUGGGCAUCAACAGACAAUCUAUCUCCAACUUCCACAUGUUGCUGUUGCAGACAGAG